UCUGCAUUUAUGUCCUCAUUAGAAAAUGUCCUUUAUUUUCAAGCUGGACUUGGACUCUUAGCCAAUAUGCUUCUUUUUUUCUGUAUCUUCAUAAUAAUAGGCCACAGACCUAAACCCAUGGACCUGAUUUCCUCUCAGUUGACCUUCAUUCACAUAAUGAUGUUUCUCACUGGAGGAAAUAUUUGGCUCUCAGAUAUAUUUGAGUCACUGAACAUUAAUAAUGACAUCAAAUGUAAGGCAACUUUUUAUAUAAGUAGGGUGAUGAGGGGCCUCUCUAUCUGCAUCACGUGCCUCCUCAGUGUGUUUCAGGCAGUCACAAUCAGUCCCAGUACCUCUUUGCUGGCAAAAUUUAAACAGAAACGUAAAAAAUACAUAAUCAAUGCUUUAUUUUACAUUUGGUUUUUCAAUUUGUCUGUCAGUAGUGACAUGCUGUUUAAUAUUGGUAGUUUUACCAAUGCGAGUGAGACCAAGCAGAUGAAGGUCACUAAAUACUGCUCACUCUUCCCCAUGAACUCCAUCAUCAGUGGAUUAAUUUACACACUGUCAACCUCCAGAGAUGUGUUUCUUGUAGCAGUCAUGCUGACCACAAGUGUGUACAUAAUGAAUAUCCUGCACAGACAUCAGAGGCAAUACAAGCAUCUUCAUGGCAUCAGCUGCCUAAGAACAUCUCCUGAGCAAAAGGCCACUCAGACCAUCUUGCUGCUGGUGGUUUUCUUUGUGGUCAUGUACUGGGUGGACUUCAUCAUCUCAUUCACCUCCUUUCUAUUAUGCAUGUAUGAUCCAGUUGUCCUAAAUGUUCAGAAGUUUGUGAUAUAUGCUUAUCCCACAAUUACUCCUUUGAUACAAAUCAGUUCUGAUAAGAGAAUAAUAAAUGUGCUAAAAUCCUUGCAGUCCAAGUGCCACUAG